UUGCUAUUGUCAACCUAGUGCAUCAUUGGCGCGACGUUCUCUACCAGUUGUUUCCGCACUUACGACGGCCCGCGACCCUUGUCUUUGACCUCUCCGUCUGAGUCUCUUAUCCUUUGUCUAUUGCAAUCACUCUGCCGCCUCUCACCGACACACGCCCACGCGAACGCCUGCUCUUGUACAACGUUUGCGGAGUGUAACAGCAAUGUUCCGCUCAGCGUUCCGCAUUCUGUCCCAACUGCUUGUCUCGGGUUACGCUCUCGUCUACAUGGCGACCCUCAUGUGGGGGCACAUGCGCGGUCUUUGUCAAUACCCGAUGGUUUCGUCUCUCGUGCGCUCCUGCGACGUGUUCAACUCCAACCUCACCGCAUGGGCAGCCCUUCCGCUUUUGUUGGGCGCGCAAAUAUCCGGAAUGGAGAACGUUCUUAACCAGACGGAUGCCAAUGCGAACAUUAUGGCGGAUCUGCUCGAGACCCGCAUUGCCGCCAUCGAUCUCUCUCUUUUGGUCCGCGCCAGUAGUCUCGAGCACCGCAGCCAGUUGUCCACCGCGAUUGAGAAGCUCGCUGAUGAUGCACUCGACCUCAAUCGUGCACUUCAGCAUCUCGCUGCGAAGAUAGGGACCGGGUUCGACAGGAUCAUGUCCACCAAUGAUCACCUGUCUCGCCUGUUGCGCUCCUCGUCUGCACAUACCGGUGACCUCCUCGAUAUACGCCUUUGCCAGAUGGGGAUCGGCGCCGAUACAUGCCCUGCAUCCUCUUCAUAUCCAGCCGACAUCACCGAUGCCUACGUGCAUUCCCUAUCCACGUACGAGGCCGUACUCCGCGAUCUCUUACAGUACACAAUGGUCUCUCUGACCAAGGCUGCGGUAUUCGACGAAGAUCUUCUAUCGGCGAUGCACGUGGUCGCGCAGGAGAAGCUCGAAGUCGACAUCGCCAAACGUGAACUGGGUGCCGUCUGGGCCCUGCUCCGUAGUCAGAGUCGAAGCCAGUCCUUGGCCCACCUCGCUCACAACGUGGGCAUACUCAACAGCAUCGGGGAUUACAGUAUGCGUGCCCUUCGCUACGUCCAGGCUGUCCAGGGCACUUUGGAAUCGAUGCAGUGCCAUGUGGAGGAAUUGCGCAUGGUGGCUUCGGGCGCGCUGGUGUCCGAGGGCGCAUCAACUGAGGUUGUGCUCGAGAUGCUCGCCAAAGGUCUGGAGCGUGUGCGGAACGCCCGUGCCGGAGCAAUCCAUCCUGCUCUGAGCAAGGACUGAAUUUAUUUGGCGUCGGUUUU